CCCCGCAGGCCAGAAACCCUAGCAAAUUUCCCUUCCGCCGCCCCUCCUCUCCGGCCUAGAUCCCCACGCGCGGGCGGCUGCGACAAUGCGACCGCUUCCCUCCCCAGCUCCCUCCCAUGGCCGGCGACCGCGACAAGGAGCCGACGUCGUCCGCUCCGGAGCGGGUCGCCAGGGCGGUGGAGGCCGUGGCGGCGGCGGGGGAGUUCCGCAACGCGUACCGGCGCCAGCUGCUGGCGCUGUCCCGCAGGAUUCGCCUCCUCGGGCCCUUCGCCGAGGAGCUCCGCGAGCGCCGGCGCCGGGUGGACGAGACGGAGGAGCGCGCGCUGGCGCCGCUCGCCGCCGCGCUGGAAAGGGCGCUCGACCUGCUCCGCCUCGGCCGCGACGGGAGCAGGAUCUCCUUGGUGUCCAGCUUGCAGAAACUACAAGCACUGGGUAGUAUGCAUGUAUGGGCAUAUUACAGGCCAUUAUCUGGUAUCUGAGGAAGCUAUUUCCUUUAGUGGCUGUGAUGAUCACCAGAUAUAUCAUCACAGCAUCCUUGAAGCUUGGUAACACCUACCUCGCUUGGUUGUUCUUGCAUACCUUGUGGAGUGUGUGCUGCAACUGAAGCCAUGGCACAAGAUUCUCAGUGUUGUGCUCACAGGGAGAAUAGGUUGCUGUGUCGUUGGUGGAGCGGAGAGAUCCUGAUGAUGCAACAUUAAGAAGGCGACCUGGAGAUUGGGUUAGUUAUAACAGCCGAGUCAGGCUGUCUGGAAUGGCAUGCUUUGGUUCUUAUGAUUUGACUCAAUAGAUGUUGCGUGCUGUAAUAGUCUUGCCAGUUUGUUUUCAUUAUCCUUUGGAUUCAGCUGCAGCCUCGUCAUUCCUGUAUGUGUUUUUUGGAAAAAUACUGGAAUAGACUUCAUGUAUUCA